GAAUGGACAGAUAGGAUUCUAGUUGGAUCGCCCCUGCUCGAGUGCGCAAACAAAACCCCGAAACCGUCGGAAGCGAAAGAGAAGGUGGUCUCGGCGUUACCAUACUCAUCCCUCUCCCGAAGAAGUUCUCCAAUUUUCUCUCUCCUAGGGUUUCUUCUCGCUCUCCCUCCUCCUCCUCCCUCCUCCACCGAGCUCGAAGCCGUCAUGCCCCGGUAUUACUGCGACUACUGCGACACUUACUUGACGCACGACUCGCCGUCAGUCAGAAAGCAGCACAAUGCAGGAUACAAGCACAAGGCAAAUGUGCGUCUUUACUAUCAGCAAUUUGAGGAGCAGCAAACUCAAAGUUUAAUUGACCAAAGGAUUAAGGAACACUUGGGGCAAGCAGCAGCUUUCCAACAAGUCGGUGCCGCUUAUAAUCAGCAUCUUAUGGCUCAGAGGCCUCGAUUACCUCUACUGCCAACACCUUUAAUGCCCAUGGGAGCGAAUGCACAGAUGCCGUUGAAUUCUCCUUUAGCCCCAGGAUUCAGGCCACCUGUUUUGCCUAGGCCACCCCCCGGUGCUCCAGGCUAUAAUCCUUCAGCAAUGCCUUCAAUGGUGCCACCGCCUGGUGCUCCCUCUAUCACUCAAAUGAAUGGCAUGCCAAGGCCUCCUACAUUCAACGUCCCUCCUACUGUUCCUGGGAGUGGACCAAUCCCAGCCUCUUCUGGUAGCGCCCCCUCAAUGGCUCCACUUCCUGCCUAUCAAACAAAUCCUGCCGGACCAAAUAGUGGAGGCUUCGACAGUUUUAAUGCCAAUUCUAAAGCUCCUGAUGCUAGUUAUUAGUUUUGCUCAGCAGCUAGUUAAAAGCAGGAUUUGUGUUCAUGGUGCAACCAAUGGAUGCCUUUUGGACUGUUAGGGCGUGCUUAUACAAUGUCAAAGGAAUAAGCUCUGUGCAAUGCUAUCACUUUGUAUACAAUGAGUACUAUCUAAACCAUCUUUUUCUGAUUCGGAAUUCAUUUCCGGAUCACGGUUCAGCUGUUGUGACAAUAUAGUCUGGGGAGCCGUUGACUUAGGAAAACACCCUUUCCUGUUGCUGAAUGGCACUGCAGUUCUAUGAUCCUAUGAUAAUGUCCAUCUUCACACCCCAAUUGCCAUGUCUGAGUGUCUCUAUGUAUAUGUGAAGCAUUUUGAUGGAGCAGAUUAUGCUUUUAUUGUUGAGAUCGUAUUUUCUUGGUCAACCCUAGUUGAUCAUAUGUGGGAAAAUGACACAAGUCCUUGACAAGUUUGAUCGUGGAAGUCGUAAAGGA